UCACAGAGAGACUACGAAAGAGUAUAUUGUGAGACACCAGACUUAAGCUCUACAUCUUCUAUCAGUGGCACUGCUAGAAAGAAGAAAUUGGAUACUCAUAACGGUAUCCAAGUAGAAGUCUCAAGAACUGUAGUGAUUUGUAAAAAAUGUUUCCAUUUUGGAACAUUAACAAUGUCGGAUAGUGAAUACGAUGAGAUUUCACAAACUGAAAGCUCACACGUAACUGAACAAAGACUGGAAGACUAUAUUUCGCAAACAGAAAGCUCACAGACAACUGAACAAAGUACUCAACAAAAUAUUCAGCAAAGUACUCAGCAAAGUAUUCGGCAAAGUACACAGCAAAAGCGCAAGCGACGUAAAACAACUAAAACAACCUCGAAGUGCUAG